AUGUGGGGCAAGAAGAAUGACGAGAGCGCGGUGCCGUCCGCACGGGCGGAGAAGCCUCCCCUGGAGCAGCUGUACCGGGAGGGCCCGCUGCUGGGGAGCGGCGGCUUCGGCAGCGUUUACGCCGGGACCCGGCUCGCCGACGGCGUCCCGGUGGCCAUCAAGCGAGUGUCCCGGGACCGCGUCUUGGAGUGGGCGCGGCUGCACGACGGCGCCCUUGUGCCCCUGGAGCUGGUGCUGCUCUGGAUGGCGUCGUGGCCCGGCUUCCGCGGCAUCGUGCGGCUCCUGGACUGGUUCGAGCUGCCCGACGGCUUCGCGCUGGUCAUGGAGCGUCCGGAGCGCUGUCAGGACCUCUGGCACCUGCUGCACGCGGGGGGGUUCCUGCCAGAGCCCGUGGCGCGGGCGCUGUUCCGGCAGGUGCUGGGGGCCGUGCGGCACUGCACCAGCCGCGGCGUCCUGCACCGCGACAUCAAGGCCGAGAACGUGCUCGUUGACCUGGCCACCGGCGAGGCGAAGCUCAUCGACUUCGGCUGCGGCACGAUCCUGCAGGAUGGCUUCUACACCCAGAUGGCCGGAACGCGGGAGUACUACCCACCGGAGUGGAUCCUCUUUGGCCGCUACCAUGGCCAGCCAGCCACCAUCUGGUCCCUGGGCAUCCUGCUCUAUCAGCUGGUGUGCAGGCACCUUCCUUUCAAAAGCAGAGAGGACAUCGUCCGGGGACAGCUCUUCUUCCCGCCCCGGGUGUCUCAAGAGUGCCAGCACCUGAUCAGGUGGUGCUUAUCCAUGGACCCUGCAGACAGGCCAUCCUUGGAUGAC